AAUGUCAGAGUAUGUCUCGGUACUUCUCGAGACCAGUAGCAGUGAGGAUGGCCUAGAAAAGAGUCCCAUCAUCUUAGGGCGUUAAAGUAUCGACUCCGGUCCAAGUGACCAACCAUUGCAACUCAUUUAUUUAGCAGAAAGAAUGUCAGGUUGGUGGCGGUGGUGGUGGCGGCUAAACAAGGGUCGAUAGCGUCGGCAUCUAACGCAUCUCGUUAAAACUUUACGAGUCUGAAGCCCCGUGGCUCUCCUCAGUCGUUUCUCAUUCCAUCUCUCUCACUCUAUUUGGUUAUCGUUGUGCCUCUAUUGUACAUUCUUCCUUCAUUUAUUUAUUAUUAUCUUUUUUACUUUGCUCUUUUGCGGCAUUUACCGCCGCUUUGCCCUGCCGCUGGCAGAACUCACACGGGCCUCGACAAUUCAGCUGAACACCCGUAGGCCAUUACCCCAAUGUGGUCACGCCCCUUGUUCACCUUGUAAGAAUUUGUUUCCUUUCAUCACUGGCUAAAAUCAGCCCCCAUCAUUAGGCCGUCAGCAAGUGUAACAUUUGAGCGUUUCAGGGUUAGAAUAGAGUAUUCAAUGUAUUGGAAAUAAUAUCAGUGAAAUUAGAAUUUAAUAAAAAAAAAAAAACUGUAAUGGACAACAGAAAUGUGAAUAUUCCUUCCAUAUAAAUCAACUAAAAGUUAUUUGGUAAUGUCCCUUUGUUCAACGAUUAGAAAAUUUCAUGGACUUAAACAUAGAAAUAACUCACUAACUUCAUAACAUGAUUACAAAUUCAAGAAUUUCCUCUUAGAUUAAUCCCCUUCUUUUUUAUAAAUAUUCUCUGGAAAAUUAAUAGUGCAAUAAUUUUUCCUGAAUAUCACUCUCCAUGCGUAAUAUGAGAAAGAGUCAUCUGGUACUUAAAAAUCUGCAGGAUGUCUCGUGUAGUCUCAAGUGGAGGAACGCACUGAAACCCUUCAAUAAAGCGUUUCAAGUGGAGAACAGGUAUAUAUUUCCUUGUAGACACCAAGCUCGUCGCCUCCUUGCUUACUCAAGAGCACUUCUUUGUCUCCCUCUACUGUUUGAUAAUCGAGUAGUUUGUCGUCGUCGUCGUCGUCGUCGUCGUCGUCGUGGUCCUCCCCGCCCUUCGAUUAUUCAUCAGAAUUUCAACUCUGAUUCAGCGCUACUUAUAGACCAUACAAGCGAUCGGUUCUUCACGGCUGCAGCUGUCGAUGAGCCACAAAGUAAUCUGUUACAGUGUAAUUUUAUGGGUUCUAUGCAGUCAUUCGUCCUGGGCCAUAUAAUCGUCGUCUACAUCAAACAUCCCGUGUAGGAUUGACUCGUCUGUGGGUCCAAGGCGGAGACGAGAAACGACAAUGAAUGGGCUAAUCAACUGGCGUCAAUCCAUGGCUCGCUAUAUAACUGAGGAGGCGGAGUUAUACCUUUACGUCAUCCACUAAUUAAUCCAGGACUAUGCCUUGGCAUAUCCAAUGCCGCCGGAUCGCGCUAGCUCGGAGGGAGUCUAUUACAAAUUUCUUCCUCGAAUACAUACCGUGUUUUACGACUUCUUCAUAAGACGGUGAAAACAAAAGUUAAUAAAUAGUGUUGGUGAUGUAUAGGCCAUCUAUUAUCUAGACCAAAUACUUUCAUUUAAGUUAAUAUUUUUAGUUCUGUUUGUAUUAAGAAAAAUAUAUUUACCGCGUUGUCCUACAGUCAUUAUGAGACAAUAAUAAACGACAAAUAGCUCGUGUAAGAGGAAACGUAUAAAUAAACGUGCAGAAAAGGAUCAUAAGUGGUGUGUAAAUUCAGGACUUUGUGUUACCGAAGCGAACAGAAAGUCUCAAGUGACCGGAG